AUAACAAUUUUUUUCCGAUAACGUUUAUUUUUUAUUUACAUUUUACGAUUAUGCAUUGAACUAUUGAACACUUUGAUUAAUCGUAAUCGUUCCGUUUGUCGAAUGCUCACCACGUAAUUUCUGGCUACCCGGUGAUAGUAGUCGUUUCGUGAUCAUUCAAAUUUUGAGAAGUUUUUCUGUUCUGCCAAGUCAUGAACGGUUUGCGAUUAUUCAGACGGCUAGCCAGCGGGUUUUCUGCGCGUUCCAGCAAGAACGAACGUGCCAUUGUCGUCACUGACGACGCGUCUACCAUAGUGUGUUAUCACCCAGAGAGUUCUUUUCCAUACGAGUUCACCAAACCGUUACCGGUCAACAAGGUACAGGACAACUCAGUUUUACGAGUUCAAAAUAAAGAUUUUGUGCACGAAGUAUUCAGCAAACCCAAUAAUGAAAUAGUACAACAAGAACUAAUGAAAAUAACAUACACUACCAAACACCGUUGGGUGCCACCCAAGAAAUGGAAAAGAAAGUUUGCGCAUCAAAAACUUGUAGACAGAGAAUAUUUAUAAUCUGAUAUAAUUAUGUUUAUUUUUAAAAGUGAAUUAGCUCAUGUAUUUUAGUAUAAGAGUAU